CCCGAGCCUGGGCCCGCCCCGCGGGCGCUGCUGGAGGCGGGGCGGGACCCCCGAGUCCCGCGGUUGAAAUAGGGGGAGGGCUCAACCCGUCCCUCCCCCAGGUGGCCGCUGCCCGCCGAGCGUCCCGCCGUGCCACGCCGCCUGCGAGUCUUUUUUCAGAGCCUGAAGAGCUUGAGGCACACUUGCCAGCUUCCCACUGCUCCUCUGUGGCAGCAUCUUGCUUUCAGCUUUCAGGUUAACUGAAAUCUGCAAACAUUCUCUGCUGCAAGAAAAAAAGGGUGAUGUCAUCAGAAGAUGAUGCUGGCGGGGAGGCUCCUGGGGGCAGUUUCUGGGAGGCUGGGAACUACAAGCGGACAGUGAAACGUGUGGAUGAUGGCUACCGGCUCUGCAAUGACCUUAUCUCCUGCUUCCAGGAGCGAGCCAAGAUAGAGAAGAACUAUGCCCAGCAGCUCACAGAAUGGUCCCGUAAGUGGAGGACCAAUGUGGAGAGAGGUCCGCAGUAUGGUACUCUGGAAAAGGCCUGGCAUGCCUUCCUGACAGCUGCAGACAAACUGAGUGAAAUUCACUUGGCUGUCCGGAACCACCUAGCUGGUGAAGAUUCCGAUAAGAUCAAGGCCUGGCAGAAGGAGGCCUACCACAAGCAGAUGAUUGGAGGCUUCAAGGAAACAAAGGAUGCAGAGGAUGGGUUCCGCAAAGCCCAGAAACCCUGGGUGAAGAAGAUGAAAGAUGUGGAGACUUCUAAGAAAAACUAUCAUGCAGCCCGGAAGGAGGAGAAAACAGCCCAUACAAGGGAGAACCAUGCCAAGGCAGACUCGUCUGUCUCACAGGAGCAGAUGCGCAAGUUGCAGGAGCGUGUAGAGAAGUGCACUCAGGAGGCUGAAAAGUGCAAGGAUCAGUAUGAGAAGAUGCUGGAAGAAUUGAAUCGCUACAAUCCCCGCUACAUGGAGGACAUGGAGCAAGUGUUUGAGGGCUGUCAGGAGGCAGAGCGCAAGCGAUUGUGCUUCUUCAAGGAGAUGCUUCUGAAUCUGCACCAGCAUCUCAACCUCUCCACCAGUGAAAGCUUUCAUGCAUUGUAUCGGGAUCUCCACCAAGUCAUCAUGGCUGCAGACAACCAGGAGGACCUGAAGUGGUGGCGCAACACUCAUGGACCGGGCAUGGCGAUGAAUUGGCCUCAGUUUGAGGAAUGGUCCCUUGAAACACAGAGGCAAAUCACCAAGAAGGAGAAGAGUGGCAAGAUGGCUGAUGAUGUCACACUGACCAGCAUUUUGCCUGCACGAGAUGGUCUUGUCUCACAGACCCCUCUGCAGACAAGGUUUUCCUAUCAAGAGGAGCAGAACAGUCUCUUCUAUGACACCCUGAAGGCACCAACCCAUGUGAACGGAGGGAAGGAAGACAUUUCAGAGUGGUCAGAUGAGGACACUCCCAAGAAGUGCCUGGAUGCCAAUGGGCAUGAGGAAGACCUAAAGGUACCAGGUGUGCGGGUACGAGCACUCUAUGAUUACACGGGACAGGAGGCUGAUGAGCUGAGCUUUAAAGCAGGUGAAGAACUAAUGAAGAUUAGUGAGGAAGAUGAGCAGGGCUGGUGCAAAGGCCGACUUCUCACUGGUCAAGUUGGACUCUAUCCUGCCAAUUAUGUUGAGAAGGUUGGAUCAUGAUUGCUGCUGCCCCACCAGUGCCUCACAGCCAUACCAGCAUCUCCUGCAGAGGUCACUGGGUCACUCCUGGCCCCAACCCACCUUUGCAGUAUAUCCAGCAGCUUCUGGACUUUAAAGGCACAUAUUCCAUGUAACUAAUGCUUCAUUUAAACAUCUAGAUCUGUAGGGAUUUUCUAAAAAAUAAACAAGGAUGAAUAAAGACUUUUCUGAGCACUACA